CUGUGAAUGGCAAAUCCGAAACCAUUCCCUGUACAAAAAAAGUGAAAACAAGAUUGUUUCGUUUUUGUAUUAAUUGUAGUCGCAAAUACAAUUAAUUAGGUUAAACUCAGGCAUUUAGAGGCAGCGCCAACAGACAGACAACGUUCAGCCGGAAUCAUGGGUGGGGUGCUCAGCUACUUUCGCGGAUUGCUCGGCUCCCGGGAGAUGCGCAUCUUGAUCCUGGGCCUGGACGGUGCCGGCAAGACCACAAUCCUCUAUAGACUGCAGGUGGGCGAGGUGGUCACCACGAUACCCACCAUUGGCUUCAACGUGGAGCAGGUUACAUACAAGAACCUCAAGUUUCAGGUGUGGGACCUGGGCGGACAGACAAGUAUUAGACCCUACUGGCGUUGCUACUAUAGCAACACAGACGCCAUCAUAUACGUGGUGGACUCUGCGGAUAGAGACCGUAUCGGCAUCUCCAAGGAUGAACUGCUCUAUAUGCUGCGCGAGGAGGAACUGGCUGGGGCGAUACUUGUUGUGUUGGCCAACAAGCAGGACAUGGACGGCUGCAUGACCGUCGCUGAAGUGCAUCAUGCGUUAGGCCUGGAAAACCUUAAAAAUCGCACAUUUCAGAUAUUCAAAACGUCGGCCACCAAGGGCGAGGGACUCGACCAAGCCAUGGACUGGCUCUCCAACACCCUGCAGAGUCGCAAAUAAUCCCUUAGCCAGUCCCCAGCCCCACCACAGUACCCAUCCCCUGUGUAAAAAUGAGUGUGUGUCCAAAGCGUCGCCAGCAACUAGGAAACAUCUUCUACAGCUUUUUUCAAAUUGCAUAAAUUGCGCAAAAAAAACAUCCACAAACCGAAAAAGAAAACUU